AUACGACCAAUUUUGUAGAUGAAGUCUUGGGCAAAGAAGAGAAAAGCACAAGAAACUUCCAAGACUUUCAUCUCCUCUUCUCCCUGUCCCGCUCUCUCUUUUUCUCUGUCUUUGCGCCGUUACUUCGGGCCUGAUUGGGAGAAAAGAAGGAGAGAACAGUUCGGAAACUCUGCGCUCGCUGCCUCUGUCUCCCUCGGAAACCGAACUGUUCGUUCGGUAAACCGACACGUCGGCGGUUCAGCUUCGGUUCCGAGAGGUACAUGAGCCGCACAUCUCUCCUUCUUUGGGCUCGGCCCCAAAGCUCCAUCCGCGAGUUCCAGCAGUAACAAAUCCGGAGACCGAGUGGCACCUUCAAUAGCUCGAGUCGAGUCCAACCGGCCGGACAUUCUCCUCCCAGCCUCAACUUCCACACACUAACACAUGGGGUGCAUGUUUUUCUUAUGUAUAAACUCUGCAGCGGACGAGGAUCCAGAAGUCGAUUUCACACAGCUCAGAAGGUUUUCCUUGCGUGAGCUACAAUUUGCAACAGAUACCUUUAGCCAUACAAAUAUUCUAGGAAGAGGUGGAUUUGGUACGGUUUAUAAAGGACGUUUAGCUGAUGGGACUCUGGUGGCUGUAAAAAGACUCAAAGCGAGGAAAACCCGAAGGGGGGAGCUACAGUUCCAAACAGAAGUUGAACUGAUUACCAUGGCUGUCCACCGCAAUCUGCUUCGUCUGCGCGGAUUUUGCAUGACACAAACAGAAAGGCUGCUUGUAUAUCCUUAUAUGGCUAAUGGAAGUGUAGCAUCAUGGUUAAGAGAUCGUCCAGAAUCACAGCCUCCUCUUGAUUGGGAAAAAAGAAAACGCAUCGCAUUGGGAUCUGCAAGAGGCCUUGCUUAUUUACAUGAUCACUGUGAUCCGAAAAUUAUUCACCGUGAUGUGAAAGCUGCAAACAUAUUGUUAGAUGAGGAAUUCGAAGCAGUUGUUGGAGACUUUGGAUUGGCCAAACUCAUGGCUUCCAAGGAUACACACGUUACCACAGCUGUACGUGGCACAAUGGGUCAUAUAGCGCCGGAGUAUCUCUCAACUGGAAAGUCAUCAGAGAAAACUGAUGUUUUUGGAUAUGGAGUCAUGCUUCUUGAACUUGUCACUGGGAAGACGGCUUUACGUCUUGCUCAGCUUGCAUAUAAUGAUGAAGUAUUGUUAUUUGAUUGGGUCAAAGGACUAUUGAAAGAUCGGAGAUUGGAAGCACUUGUUGAUGCUAAUCUAAAGGGUAACUAUAUUAUUGACGAGGUGGAGCAGCUGAUCCAUGUAGCUCUAUUCUGCACGCAAGGCUCGUCAGGGCAAAGGCCCAAGAUGUCAGAGGUUGUUAAAAUGCUUGAAGGGGAUGGUUUGGCGGAAAGAUGGGAGGAGUGGCAGAAAGAGGAGAUGGUCCGCCAAGACUUCAACCCUGUUCAACAUCCAAGUACAUAUUGGAUCAUGGACUCUAGUUCUCAAAUUCCACCCGAUGAGUUGUCCGGUCCCAGGUGAUGCACUCCUUGCUUCCGUCCUCUGUAUAUAUGCAGACAAGUUUUUGUUCAGCAGAUAACACCUUUGUGAAAUUGUUUUUGAAGAAUAUAAAAUACCACAUAGGAGAUUGGAUUAAAUAAAAUACAACAUAUAAUGAAUGAUUAAUCCACUACUAAUAGCACGGAGAUCUUUUGUGAUAAAACUCCACACCUACAAGGCUAUGUAGGUGGUUAAGUUUGGUACAAUAUUAGUGUUGCUAUUUUGUGGAUUGCUAGUCCGUCUUUUUGAAAUUUGACAUAUGUUUGUCUUUUCUCUUCUCUCAUUUGCUUUUUUU